AGCAAGUUUUUCAAGAUGUAUUAUUUAUACGAAGAUAAUUAUAGUUACAUUUGCGCAAUAUGUAUGUUCAAAUCCAGGACUCUGUUGGAAGUAACCCCAAAACGCCGUUUUCUUUUGGAGGCAAUAGUAUCUAUGGAGAAUCACACCGAACUUGCGGAGUAUGUAAGAACCUCCCAUUUGAUGCUCUGCAACGACUGCAGCCGGCUGGUCAACACUAUGCUGAAGUUUCAGCAGACUGUCGUCCGAGGACUCACGAAUUUGAUUGUUCUUCGUAAACUCUCCGAUGAGCGGUCACAGACAUCCCACAACCUGCCAGAAGUCAUCAACGCUGACACUGACUUACUGCUACCAGUUGUCAACGAGGAGAUAGUCUCUACUGCAGAUAGUCCUCCUCCGGUGUUCGAGCCGGUUGUAGGUAAAAACGCUCGUGGAUUGAAAAAUUGUAAAGUGGUCAGUUUGAAUGAAUUACGGAACUUGAAAAUUUCAGAACUUAUAAAUGUGUCGAACCAAAUAAAUUCGCCAAAAUACAGACCUCCGAUACUCAAAAAGGAGCCUAAAAAACAAAGGGAGUUGAAAAAGAAAGCCAAGCCUGAGGAAGAUGUGGACAGAUGUUGCGACUCUGACUUCUGUCUCUCUUGCAAUCCACAGAACGUGCCGGGGUGUCAGCUGCUAGUCACUAAAUCACAGAUGGACCAUGAAUAUAGUUCUACUAAUACGAAUGAAAUGGCAGUUUUACUCCCUAUUAAUAAUGCUAUAGAGAAACAUGAAUCGACAAACACAAUUCAGUCGAGUCAAGUGAAAAAGACGAAACUUAACCGACAACUAUAUCAAGCCAUCCAACUUGCUCUGAAGUCUCGCUCCAUAACAGACUUCGAUAUCGAUCAAUACGAGCCGGAAUCCAAAUCCGACUUUGAAUACGAACUCGACGACAUUCCAAACACAAAAAACCAUCAAAACCACUCAAACUCGACACAAGACGAUUUACUUGACGCCUCAAAGUCGUCAGAUCUCGGCGCAAAGUCGCCAGAUCACGACUCAAACUCCUCACAUACAAAGUCUUGCCCCGACUCAGAAGUUACACUCAGCUGUGAAUCAGACUAUGGAGGUCAUGACUCAAAGUCGUCACAUGACGGCUCAAAGUCGUGUUUUGACUCAGAAAUGACACUCAGUUGUGAGUCGGAUUAUGAAGAUGCGGAGAAUUUCCCGAAUAUCAUGCUCGCUAAGGCGUUCAGAGAUGUGGAGUGUAGAGUGGAAGAUGGAGAGAAGAAUGUUCAUGUCGUUUGGGACCCGCCGAGCGAGUGGCCUUGCUCUGUCGAGUGCUGCCCCCUCACUGAAGACGGUAGCAGCUCUGAUGAGGUUCCAGAGAUUCCAGAAGCAGACGACAAGCCCAAAACGAACGUGAGCCAGUGGCGCCGCAUCGAGUGCAAACUCUGUGGAAAGAAGUUCGUCUCGCUAUAUCGUCUAUUUGAACACUAUGAAAGGUGA